AUGGUUGUGAAACAGCCCAGUGACCAUAUCUCACGCAGUAGGAACAUCAACGUGUCAGGAUCAUACAUACACACCCAGAAGUCCAGCAUGGGUCUUCUACCUCGCUCCCUGAUCCACGAGAGAAGCAAUGAGCAGAAGAUCCUGGAAUUGACCAAUAUGAUCAUUGAACUUCUGACUGGAGAGGUGAGGUUGUUGGGAAUGGGACAUUAUACAGUAAAUCCAAGGGAUGUGUCUGGAUGGUGAUAGUAUCAUUGUGUAUUUAUCAGGUUCCUGUAAGGUGUGAGGAUGUCACUGUCUAUUUCUCUAUGGAGGAGUGGGAGUAUAUAGAAGCACACAAGGAUCUCUACAACGACGUGAUGAUGGAGAACUACCAACUGCUCCACGCACUAGGUAAGAGUUAUUUUUUGGGGCAGGGGGGGGUUUCAUACUUGAAAAAAAAAUGAAUAAUACCUUGGAAUACAAGUGAAAAAUAUUACAUAAACCAAGAUUUUUGAGGUUUAUUUCUUAAAGUAAUUUAUAAACUUUUCAUGUGCAUUUUCUUCCAGGAGAUAAAUCUGUACCUGAUGGAUCCACUGUUUCUUUGCUCCGUUUUAGAACCAGAGAUGUAUCUGCACAUGAAAACAAUAAUGGGCGAAUAUCUUUGAUAACGAGUAAGCCAAUGAAAUCACAAAUUAAAUCUGUGACAUGUGUGUCAAGAGUAUCUCCAUCAUGUCAUGAAAUAUAUAUACCCACAGAACAUCCACAGACCAAAUAUCAAUCUCCUCAUAUUAAGAAGGAAUUAGCUUUGUGUGAAGAAGGAAUCUGUAUGGACAUGUACAUAGCAUCAGAAACACCAUCAAUUCUUAUCAAGGAGGAGUCAGCCUCAAAUGAAAAAGGAAAUCUCAUAGACAUUCCUAAACCCACAGACCAUCCACAGACAGAAUAUCCAUCUACUCAUAUUAAGGAGGAACUAGCCUCAAGUGAAGAAGGCAAUCUCACAGACAUUUAUACACUGACAGAAUAUCCAUCUACUCAUAUCAUGGAGGUGUCAGCUGAGUGUGGAGGAGCAACACUAGAUGCUGAUAAUUAUACUCUUACAGAAUAUCCACAUACAGAGGAUACAUUUCCUUAUAUUGGAGGCUGCAUAAAUUCACUGAAAUUGGCUUCUUACAAAUCCACGAUUGAAUCUAGCAAAGCUAAUACAUUUAUUAAUUAUAAGACAGCUAAAUCUCCCAAUAGCGCAUAUAGCAGUGAAGGAAUAAUUAACUGGCCUGAGUAUUCACCCAGUUUUAAUAGUCAUUUAGAGAUUGUCAAACAGUCUGUUCGCAGAAAAAACAAGAUGGCAUCUUCUGAAAUGGGAAAAAUUUUCUUUUCAAAGUCUGACUCUUUUAUACAUGGAGCAAAUUGCAUAGGUGAGAAACCAUUAUCAUUUUCUGAAUUUGGGCAGAAUUUUACUCAGGAGUCGAAUUUGGUUAUUCACCAAAUAAUGAACACAGGGGAAAAAACAUUUAAAUGCAAUGAAUGUGGUAAAUGUUUUACACGAGCUGCAAAUCUUAUCUCGCACAAAAGGAUUCACACAGGAGAAAAACCCUUUAAAUGUAAUGAAUGUGGGAAAAGUUUCACUCAGGCUCAACAUCUCACUUCACAUAAAAUGAUUCACACAGGGGAAAAACCAUUUCAAUGCACUGAUUGUGGAAAAUGCUUUAAACGAGCUGCACAUCUUGCUACUCAUAAAAUGACACACACAGGAGAAAAACCAUUUAAGUGCAAUGAAUGUGGGAAAUGUUUUACCCGUGCUGAAAAUCUUGCUUCACACAAAAGGAUUCACACAGGAGAAAAACCAUUUAAGUGCAAUGAGUGUGGGAAAGGGUUUACAGAGCGUUCAAAGCUUGCUCCUCAUAAAAGGAUUCACACAGGAGAAAGACCAUUCAAAUGUGUAGAGUGUGGGAAAAGUUUUACGCGGGCAUCAAACCUUGCUUCACAUAAAAUGAUUCACAGAAGGAAAAACAGAAAAAACACCUUCUCGUGUUCUGAAUGUGGUCGAGGUUUUACAGACCACUUUUCAUAUAUUGGACACAUGAUGAUUCAUACAAGUUAG